GCCGAAUGUUGUGCUUCGGAGCCCGACCAACCCUAUUCAGUAUGCCGCUAUUCCUGCUUAGGAACGCUCACUCUUGGAACAAACUCAUACUUCAUUGCUUUUUCGUCUCGUAGCGAACGCGUUCCGUCGCUUUCUUCGAACCCUUCGUGGCACAGCUUGACACUACUCUAGUAUCACUGACUUAGUACAGCGUUCUUACACAUCCUUUGGCAUAUGCCGAAAGCAUUGACCUGCUUAGAAAACCAGCGCAAGCCGCGAAGCCAAGUCUAGGUAGCUGGGUUGCCUGGAUGCUUACCCAUGCAGACCGUCAACUGCACGACUUCAUCAGGCACAGCGGAAGCAAGUCAUGUGGAGCGUGGAAAGGCUGUUCACGGAUCCUCGGCGUUCCUCGAGGCAACAGGCGCAAUGCCUCAGUCGGCGUAUGACAGCGGCCCAGGGUCGGCACAGCAUCCAGGCCAGCUGCAAACAACGCAAGGGCUGCCCAGCGCCUCUCCCAUGUAUCCCAACCCUGUGCAGCAACAGGCUCAUGUGAGCACCUCCCAUAGUCAUUCCCAGCAUCCGCCUCAAUGGGGCUACGCUCCAAACAACACCAAUUGGGCUCCGCAACAGCAGCAGCAGCAGCAGCAGCAGAUUGCGGCCUCAGCGCCUGGUGCAUACCAACAGCCCUACUCGUACAACUACCAUGGCUACGGUACCAGCUACCCAUAUCAAUCACAACAUGGAUCUCAGCAGGAUUACGGGUACCAUCAACAGCCCCAGCACCCGUACCAGUACCACCAGCACCAUCAGUACUACGGGGCUCAAUACCCACAACACCACCAUCAGCAGCAGAAGCCCUUCCAGGAUCAUUACCAGCAAACGCACUAUCAGUACUACCACCAGCAUCAACAACAGCAGCAUCAACAACAGCAGCAACAACAACAGCAGCAGAAUUACGCAUGGCAGAGUUACCAUGCCUAUGGAACCAGCGGUGCUCCGUACGACGCCCCAAACCCCGGCAACGCAUGCUCUACCAGCAGCGGCUCGGUGCCGUACACUGCCUCAAUGCCGUACUCUGCUACCGCCGCCUCCGGCGCUGCGUCAUCAAUUGCCGUACCAGGCGGCGACAACGUCGCCGUACAUACAGCUGCUACUGCUGCAAAUGCUGCAAGCGCUAGCAGCAUUACACAGCAGAGGGAGGGAGGACAGCAUCGGGCAGCUGAAGGCACGGUGGGGGAAAACAGCAGUAAGCGCAGAUGGACAGCCCAAGGACAGGAACAGCUGCAGCAUCAGGAGCAGGGCGCUGCCGAGGCUCCGCAGCAGGCGGGGGCAGUGGCGUCAACAGCAGUAACGCGCGGCACGCCGGCAGCACCGACAGCUCCGCAACAACACGCACACCCGCAGCCGCCACCACUACUGCCAACAACGUCCGCGCGCAAGACAGCAACCACGACGGUGACGGUGACGGUGGCAGCAGCAACAGCACCCACCCCGACGGCAGCAUCAUCGUCCUCAGCCGUAGAUCUCAUUGUGGUUUGGGAUCUCGAUGAGACGCUCAUCAUCUUCAACUCGCUGCUAAGUGGGGCUUAUGCUCGUGCGGCAGCGGCGGCGCAUGGUCGCGGGCCUGCGGACAGCGCCGCUGCCGCCGCCGCUGCAGCUCGGGUGGCUCCCGCGGCUGCUGCAACUGUAACCCGCGACGGCGGCGUUAGCAAUGAGGCUGGCAGCGGUGUUGCUGGCGGCGGGGAGGGCCUGGCGGCGGCGGCGGCAGCGGCGACGUCCUUGCAGCGCCGGGCGGAGUUAUUAGGGCAACGGCUUGCGGAUUUAGUGUUUGACUUUUGCGAUGACCACAUGGAUUUUAGAGCGUUGGACGGGCUAGACCCCCUCAAUUUUGCAGAGCUCUGGUCCCAGGCCUGCACCUCCUCUGCCUCGUCAGGCCAGCAACCCGCUACCGACGCUAGCGCUACCACCCGCGACAACACCGCCAACCCCGCCAUCUGCAACACCAGCACCGCCGCUGCUAUCGUACCGAAGCGUUCAACACUGGAACGGAUCGCGCGAGUGUACAGCAGCGGCGCCGACGGGCUGUCUGAUGUGUUGGGUACGGCAGGCUGCAGUAAGCUUGCCGAAGCGCUGGCGGAGGCGGAGGAGCUGACGGGCGGCUGGGUGGCGGCGGCGCGGCGACUCCUGACGGAGGUGACGUCAGCGGCGGCGGCGUCAGCGGAAGGUGGAGCGCCGCCGGCGGCGGCGGAGGUUACCUUUCGCCGAGUACGGCACGUGCUUGUAUCGGCUGGGCAUCUGGUGGCGACGUUGGGGAAGCUGCUGCUGUGGGGCUUGGACGAGCAUUUCGACAUUCGGGAUGUCUACAGCGCCAGCGGCCGUCCCAAGCUAGCUUGCUUCCGGGCCCUAUGCUCCCGCUUCGGCCCCAACUCCGCCUACGUCGCUGUUGGUGACGGCGCAGAAGAGCAGCGCGCGGCAGCUGUCAUGGGCUGGGGCUUCGUGCGAGUGGCCCUGCAUGGGAGGACGGCGCCGCCGCCGCAACCACAACCGCCGGGUGAGCAACGGCAAGCGCAGCCGGGGGCGUGUAGCGUUGAG